AUGAUCAGUGAUUCAGCAUCAGUUUCAGUGGUUCAUUUCAUUCCGGAUCUUUUGUUUCGUGCUCCAUCGCCAAUUAUUAUGAUCGCCACUUUGACCGUACGAACACUACAAAUCUAUAAAAAUCGACGCGUCGGUACGAAUACGAUACAAGUUAAUCGAAGACGCAAUAUACCGUUCAUGUUAACCUUGCUCAAUAUUAAAUUUAUCCUCUGUAAUACGUUGUAUAUGUUCAACACAAUCCUAAUGGAGGUGAUGGGAUAUGGUGGCAAAAGAAGUAGUCAGCAAACGGAUCACGAAACAAUACAGUAUAUUCGCUCACUUUACUUAACCGAUUUCUCGAAUAUGCUUAUCACUUUACACUCGGCAACCAACUGGCUUCUCUUUUAUCACUGGACCAUAUGCAACAAAACGAAUGGUAAGCAAUGUCACAGUAUCGGAUCAACAUCAACAUACAAAUCAUCAAUUGAUCCAAAUGAUGCGUACAAUUUAUUGGUUCAUUUCUCGCCUCAAAAAUACAAGAUUGGCACUGAUAUUAUUGCAAGAUUGUGUUCUGAAUCAAAAGAGUUAGCAGAAGCGUUGAUACCGAAUGCAAGUGAACUUGAAAAGGAAUCGUUGCGUGACAAUAAAGCGAUUCAGGCACAUGGCAAAGUGCUUGCUGAUUUUAUUGAGUCAGCACUGCAUUCGUUGGCCUGCAAAUUGACGUCUUUAAAUGAACUCCAAGCGAAGUGCCGUCAAGUAGGCAUGACACAUUUUCGAGCGAACGUGAACUUAACAGCAGCUCAUUGGAAGGUUGUUCGAGACUUGCUUGUACUCUCAUGCUCGACAACAACGAACACCAAGGGAAAACGUGAACAUUCCACUCAGAAAGAAGAUGAAAUGUUGAAUUUGAGAUAG